AAGAGAGAGAGACAUUGUGUUCUCACUUCUCAACCCAAUUUUCAAUAAAUAAAAUAAAAAGUCUCUAUAUUGACAAAGAAAGAGAAUAUACAAUAUGGGUAGCCAUAAGAGUAAGAGGCCCUCAUCAUCGUCCUUACUCAUCUUCUUCAUAUCCUUCUUCAUCUUCUUCUCUUUUGUGGUCUCUGAAACUAUCAAGCUGGCACCAGCUUUGUACGUGUUCGGAGACUCCACAGUCGAUGUUGGCAAUAACAACAAUUUCGAUACCUUUUCCAAAGCCAAUUUUCCACCUUAUGGGAUAGAUUUUGCCGAUGGAGCCACUGGUAGACCCACGAAUGGUUUCAACAUGGCAGAUAUCAUUGCUUUAUCACUUGGAUUGAUUAUUCCACCUGCAAUCAGGAGCGUUGAUCUUAAAACAUACAACUCUGAUGAUGGUUUUAACUAUGCUUCUUCCUCCUCUGGAAUUCUUCCUGAUACAGGCACCAAUAUGUUUAAAGGUGUUAUGAGCUUGGGAGAACAAAUUGAGAAGUUCAAUAAGACAAUCCAAGAAUAUUUAAAACCAAGAUUGAAAAGUCCAAGCAAUCUAGAGAAGCACUUGUCAAAGUCAAUAUUUUUUUUGGUUACUGGCUCCAAUGAUUUUAGUCUCAAUCUUCUUAUGUCCAAUCGAUCCAUUGAUCGUCUCCAAUUUUCCAAAGACCUUGUCCAAAAAUAUGCUUCUCAAUUACAGAAACUAUAUUAUUUAGGAGGUAGAAAAUUUGUGGUGUUUGAGGUUGAUGCCAUGGGUUGUUCACCAUCUUCAGUGCUUAAAGCUUUUCCAAAGAAUCCCAAUAAGUGUGUGGAUGACUUAAAUGUUUUGGCCUCAAACUACAAUAAAUUGCUCAAUCAAAUGCUUCAACAAUUAGCCUCUACUCUUAAAGGAGCUGCAUACAUUAUCGGCAGAAAUUAUGAUUUUACCUAUCAGUUGGCUCAACACCCUGCCAAAUUUGGGCUAAAAGAAGCAUUUAAGCCAUGUUGUAAUACAACAUCAGUUGGGGUAUGUGAUGCUAAGAAACCUAUUGCAUGCAAAAAUAGGGAUUCUUAUGCAUACUUUGAUGAAUUUCACACGACACAAGCAGCUAACAUGGUUAUGGCAAGUCUAUGCUUCAGCAGUGCAGGCGCUUGUUUCCCAUAUAACAUCAAACAACUUGCCGAUUUAUAGAUAAAUAUAUAGAUUCUCUAUUUCUAAUUAAUAAACACUCUUUUCUUUCUUACUUUGUAUUUUUCCAUUAAUUGUUUACCCCCUUAAUAUAAAACAUAAUCAUUAAUUCUAGUUAAUAUUAU